CCUCUUCCCCCCUGCCCCUACCCCUCCCCUACCCUCAUACAUCUUCUUACGGCGAGCGGCUCCGGCGUUGAUCGUGUUUUGACUGUCAUCUUUGCGGUGGAUUAAGCUUGCACUAGAAGGUUGAAUAGAUCUAGAACUAAAAACAAAAUCAAGAUGAGUUUCGGUUUUGGUAGCAAGAAUGGGCCAAGCACUCUUCGCACCAACACAUCCGAAGGGUCUUAUGGGGUACCAGAUUUAAUGACAACCGGGUUGGCAGCUCGCAAGGUUCAUGUGGUUCCAGCUCACCCUCUUGAAGCAACUGAGAAAAGUUUCCAUGACAACAAGCUACGCAUGGAAAUGAAUAUGCUCCGAAAUACCCAAGGCCUGCACGCGCCCCUCAAGAUGGCAAUGGAACUGAAAGCAGCCCAGAAAAUUGGCAGACUACCAUUCCUGCCCAGCUCUAACCUCAUGUCUGAUGUUUUGAUGGGACGUGAUGACCAGAUGUCUUUUGAAGACUUCCUGAACCCUGUUGAAUUCAGGGAAGAGGCUGGUCAGCCUCAUGCUAUUGUUGAAAAAUCUCUUGGCAUCUUGUAAUUAAGUUACUUUUCUUAUGUAUCGUUCAUUUGAGUUCUAUAAAAUAUCUCUAAGUUCUUAA